CGGCGUAUAACUCUGCAUCCAAAAAGAAAAAAAGAUUUUCUCUUCUUAAGAGAUUACACCUUAUCUAACUCGAGUUUGCAAUAGGAGAAGCCAUUUUUUUCUGCCCCUGACCUGUAUACUGAGCUUCAUCUCCUCCAAUGGCUUCUUUGUCAGCAACUUCUCUAAGCUUCAAAGCUCCCUCCAUACAAUCGACCAGAAUCUACCAGGUGUUGAGGAAACCCUCGAGUUUUCAGUCUAUCUCAUUUGGUCGUUUCCAGUCUUCAAAGAGCCUUCGUCUUCAAAUCAGUUGCGCUGCAAAACCAGAGACAGUGCAGAAAGUGAGUGACAUUGUAAAGGAACAGUUGGCUUUGUCUGCUGACACUGCGCUCACUGCUGAGUCCAAGUUCUCUGCUCUUGGCGCCGAUUCUCUUGACACAGUGGAGAUAGUGAUGGCAUUGGAGGAAAAGUUUAACAUAAGUGUGGAGGAAGCUGAUGCUCAGAACAUUACGACGAUUCAAGAGGCGGCUGAUUUGAUUGAGGAUCUUGUUCAGAAGAAACCUGCGGCCUAAACUCCCCCGGUUUAACGCAAACCGGCUUUCUUUUCCUUUAGACCUUUCUUGGUUUCGGAGCAUUUAAUUAGACCGUAUGUCAUUUUAUUUUUCUUCUUCUGGAAGUUAAGAUCAUUGGAUGUUGACUAUGAGAAAACUUUUGUUGGUACGUUGAGAUUGAUUUGAUUGGUCUUUGAUGACGAAUAUAUAAACGUGAUCUGUGUCGCUACUA